ACCUCACUGCCAACAUCACCCCUCCAACCCCUCAACACCACUACAUACCACCUCACACACCGCCAUCAUGGGUUUCCUCGACUUUGUGAACGACACUGCCUACUCCCUGCUUGACAGCUGGGUUUCCACUAGGAGCUACAUCGUUGGCUACGGUCCAUCUCAGGCCGAUGUCAAGACCUACCAGGCUCUCAAGUCCGCACCCGACGCCGACAAGUACCCCCACGCCGCACGAUGGUACAAGCACACCGCCACCUUUGAGUCCGAGUUCGCCUCGCUCCCAGGUGACCCAAGCAAGGCACACACCGCAUACGGCCCAGAGUCUCACGAGCUCACCGUGAACCCCGCCAAGGCACCGGCAAAGGCUGAGGAGGAGGACGACGAUGAUGUCGACCUUUUCGGAUCCGACGAUGAGGAGGAGGAUGCUGAGGCUGCCCGUAUUCGUGACGAGCGAUUGGCUGAGUACAAGAAGAAGAAGGAGGGCAAGACCAAGCCUGCUGCCAAGUCUAUUGUCACACUCGACGUGAAGCCGUGGGACGACGAGACCGACAUGAAGGAGCUCGAGGCUGCUGUUCGUGCUAUUGAACAAGAGGGUCUGGUCUGGGGUGGCUCCAAGUUGGUGGCCGUCGGUUUCGGUAUCAAGAAGCUCCAGAUCAACUUGGUUGUCGAGGACGAGAAGGUUUCGCUUGAUGAGCUCCAGGAGAAGAUCCAGGACCUCGAGGACUACGUCCAGUCUUCCGACGUUGCUGCUAUGCAGAAGUUGUAGACGUACCAAGUGUUGGAGCGUUUGUUAAUGUCGAAAAAAGUUUGGGCUGAUCAUGAGACUGAUUCGUCUACAUUAUCAGUCGGAGCACCGAGAAGGUCUGCACGGCUUGAUGGCAUGAUGAUGUGUUUAUGAAGCAUAAGAUAGAGAUACCAAAAGCACAAGUCGCAGCCA